GCAAGGGACCUGAAACCCUUUAUGCUGGGCAGAAACUGAACGACAACGAGUGGCACACUGUCCGGGUAGUUCGGCGAGGAAAGAGCCUCAAGCUGAUGGUGGAUGAUGAUGUUGCUGAGGGCACAAUGAUUGGUGAUCACACCCGCUUGGAAUUUCACAACAUCGAAACAGGGAUCAUGACGGAGAAACGGUACAUUUCUGUCAUACCCUCCAGCUUCAUUGGCCACCUCCAGAGCCUCAUGUUCAACGGGAUGCUCUACAUUGACCUGUGCAAGAAUGGUGACAUUGACUAUUGCGAGCUGAAGGCACGCUUUGGUCUCCGCAACAUUAUAGCUGACCCUGUGACGUUCAAGACGAAGAGCAGCUACCUGAGCUUGGCCACCUUACAGGCUUACACAUCCAUGCACCUCUUCUUUCAGUUCAAGACUACUUCGGCUGAUGGUUUCAUUCUCUUUAACAGUGGUGAUGGCAAUGACUUUAUCGCAGUUGAACUAGUCAAGGGGUAUAUACACUAUGUGUUUGACCUUGGAAAUGGACCUAAUGUUAUCAAAGGCAACAGUGAUCGUCCUCUUAAUGACAACCAAUGGCACAAUGUCGUCAUCACCAGAGAUAACAGCAACACACACAGCCUAAAGGUGGACACUAAGAUGGUCACUCAGGUUAUCAAUGGUGCCAAAAAUCUGGAUCUUAAAGGUGAUCUCUACAUUGCUGGCCUAGCUCAAGGCAUGUACAGCAACCUCCCAAAGCUUGUGGCCUCACGUGAUGGAUUUCAAGGCUGUCUAGCAUCUGUGGACUUGAAUGGGCGCCUGCCUGAUCUAAUCAAUGAUGCUCUGCACCGCAGUGGGCAGAUAGAACGUGGAUGCGAAGGACCAAGUACUACCUGCCAGGAAGAUUCCUGUGCGAAUCAGGGCAUCUGUAAUCAGCAAUGGGAAGGCUUUACCUGUGACUGUUCCAUGACUUCGUAUUCUGGGAGCCAGUGUAAUGACCAGUUGGCAGCUAGAAACCAUGCAGAGAAGAGAUGGGGGUUUGAUAUGAGUGCAGGUGGCAUGGGCAAUGUAGUAGCCAGCCUCCCAGUGUCAGGCCUGGCUGGUGAUUUAAAAGUGUUUACAGAGGGGUGUGGGUUUCAAAAUGGUCUGGAAAG